CCCCAACAUGAACUCCCCUUGUUCCUUCAACCCAACUUUUGCUCCAAAGAAACUGACUCAAAAUCCCAUGCUGUCUUCUACAAAGUUGUUAAAAUCUUUAUAUUCAGCCUGCGAGCGGCCAAAGGCCGCUCAGGGCAAGCAGAAGAUUAAUUUCAGAGCAAGGAUUGUAUGCGACCGUAUGAGAUUUGAAGAAUUGAAGAAAAUCAAAAUCAAAAGAUCUAAGCGAAAAAUAAGAAAAAGUUCAAUAGGAGUGAGAUCAACCUCAAGGUCCAAUUCUAGAAAGGGGUGCAAGUAAGCUGAAAAUCGCGAAAAAAUCAAGGAGCAAGAACUCUAAGUAAGAUGAAAAGUUCAAAGCAAUUGAAUAUGAAUACCCAACGGAUGUACAAUUAUAUUAAGAAUCAAGCUAUAAGUAUUCCUAAGAAGAAAAUGCUAAAAAUCAAAGGGAAAACUUCCAGGAAUAAAGAUCCUAUUGGAUCUAAGACCCAAGGUCUUGGGUCUCACUUCAGGAUUGCUUACACUGAUCCCAGCUGCUUUGGCAGCUCAGCGGGUGAGCUCACGGAUACAGAUCCAUGAAUUAACUACUGAGACCAGUUCGAAAAUACUGAAAAGGAUUGAUUUACCAGUCAAGAUACAGAAACUCAUUUCCCUUUUAACCACACCCAAGAAAUAGUUAACCAGAACAGUGAUAUUGGGCUAGAUGAAGGACUUGGCGAGCCUGAAUUAGAAGAAGAAAAUCAAAAAUAAAAUCAUUCCUAGACGCAAGAAGAGAACUUCCAUUAUCAAGAUAAAAGAUCAACAUUUCUUGGAUGAUUCCAAAGAAGUCAGAAUGCUCAAGAACGUCCUUGGUGAAAAUCACAAAAAUGACAGAGAUGAAUUCUUUAAAAAUACUGUCAAUCCAAAGAAUGAUCUUUGUGAACUUUUUGAUCCUAAUCAGAUCAUUAACGAGCUGACCUACCGACUUCAUCAUCAUUCCAAAAGUGACAUAGAACAAGAAUUUAAGCCUCUGUACAAAACUCAUCGACCAACAAUCGUAGUGGAGGGUGAGGAACACAAAGAGGAAGAUUCAGGAUACUUCACAAACUUGCUGUGUUCAGCACCUCCAAAUCCUAUUUCGAAGUCUCCCAAUCCUUCAUGUCUCAGCACUACUAAUGCAAUCACGAUCAUUCCAAAUAAUAUUGAAAAACGUAUUACAAGACUGGACCGAACGAUAGAAGAUAUUUCAGAGAUAAAUCCUAAUUUGGCGCAUACUGAUAAAGGUUUUGACCCAAUUAAAUCACAAAAGUCCCCUCAAUGUCCUGACCUCGUCCUGAAAGAGAACGAUGACUUCAUUAAGAACUGGAAAAGAGCAAAGGAGGCUAUCAAAAUUAAAAUUGAAGGUAAUGAGUAGAAGUUUCAA